UUUGAGGCCCUUGAGGACGUUUAAAAAAAUUAGUGCUAUGCCGACCUUAAUGCUACUUAACCCUCCCGUUAAAUAUGUUCACAAAAAAAAUCUCUUACGUGUCAACACCAACCGAUUUUCUCCUCUUCUCCCAGCUCGACACGUGGCCUUUCCUCUCCUCUUCUCUUCCUCUUCCCCUACCCUUUUUCUCUCCCCUCAAAAUCUGAAUCCAAACAGUCUACAAAAGCCAGUACCCGUACAAAAGACAGUACAUUUUUCCCCCUUGCAUUUAUCUUAUUUUAUUUAUUGUUUCUUUAUUAGUAACAUGAGGUUUUAGCCGGAAGACGGUGCUUUUGAACUCUCUCUUUUUUUUAAAAUGGAAAAUAACAGUGGGAUUAUGGGGUUAAGAGAGGACGAGAUUGAGCUGGAGCUGAGAUUAUCAAUCGGAGGAAGCUUUGGAAAAGCCGAGAAUUUAAAGCCCAUCAAGAAAGAAACAAAACCCAAUGAUGUGCCGGUUGUAGAUCUCGGGGAAAACUUGGUUUUUGAUCCACAAAUGAAACGCAAGAUUCAAGCUUUAAGGAGACAAGAAGCGAAGAAGAAACGAGAAGAGAAGCAGCAGAAAAGAGGGACAACAAUACCAUCAAGAUGCCGCGACGAUGUAACAGAGGAAAGAGAAUGUAAGAAGAACAAAGUUGAAGAAUUUUUUGGUGGUGUAAACCUUAAUCUGAGCACCGAACUAAAUAAUCCGCCGGCGGCGUACCCAGUUCUUCCGGUGCGGGUCCCGUGUCCCUACCCUCAUCUCCAGUUUGUGCCACUCGCCAAUGGCUUCCCCUAUCCUUGCGUAAAUACGGUGCCUUGUUGGGGUGAGAAGGGCGUGGCGAUGAAUGGCGGGUUUCAGACGGGUCGUGUGCAUGAUGGAAAUAAUGGAUAUGAUUCUGAGCAGAAUAGCAGCAAAGAUGAAAGGAAUAGGAAAACUGGAUCAAACGAGUCUCCCAUGUAUAGUUCCUCUGUGGUUUCGGAUCUUCAAAGCUCUUCUAAUCAAGGUGGUCGAAGCAGUGAAUCAGGGACCAACACAAGUCCUUGUCAACCGGCCGAACAUACUCAAAUAAAUUGUUCUGCUGGAAGCAAUCAAAAGGGGCGGUCUGAACAAAGUUGUACCUCCCACCAAAACGACUCCGCCCAAAGCAUGGACAAAUGUAGCAAAGGCGGCAUCGAAAAGACGCCAUCCUUGGAAUCCACUUCAUUGAACCUUAAGAAAGCACCACCGAAACCCGAAAUUAAAACCAUCAAUUCAACCAAAGAUACCAACAAGGGGGAGAUGGGAAAACCUCCCAAGCCUCCAGCUCCUCCUAUUCACGACGGCAUCGUUUCCCUUCGUAACAUGCCUUGCGUUUCGACGACGGGCAAUGGCCCCGAUGGCAAAACCAUAAACGGUUUUCUGUACAGAUAUACGAAAUCAGAGGUGAGCAUCAUUUGUGUGUGCCAUGGAAGCUUAUUCUCACCGGCCGAGUUUGUGCAGCAUGCUGGAGGUAGUGAUGUAUCGCAUCCUCUGAGACACAUUACCGUGAUUCAUCCCGCUAUACAACAAAUGUAGCCAUAUCUAAUUCUUUGUCUGCUCUCUCUAGUGUUUUUUUUUUCUUUAAACUUUGUUAGAGCUUGGGAGUUGCAGAGGGCUGAAAAUUAUGGGUGUAUACUUGUGAAUGAGCUUUUUCUCCCGAAGCUGAAUGGAUGAGACUCGUCGUUUCCUUUCCUUGCGAAAGGGUUCAACUCCAAUUAUUAACUGACAAGAAUAUUUUAGGUCAUUUGUUUAA